CCCGUCGGAGAGCGGGCCACGCACAGGAGCGGUGGGCCAAAAGGUUGGGUUGGGGUGCCGGGAGGGCCUCGGGUGCUGGGCGGGGGUGCAGGGCGGGGGAGGGGGCUGGGGGAGCGAGGCAGCACCGGGGAGCCCAGGGACUUGGCCGGGCCGAACGACGAGGAGAGGGUAGCGGUGGCGACCGGGCAUCUGCCUACGAAGGGAUACCUCCCGGUCCCCGGGGGCUUGCCGGCCGGGAAGAUGAGCGCGGAGCCGCAGAACGGGCCCAAAGCCGGCUGCGUGGCCCUGAAUGGGGUCCCUCGGGACAGCCCCACGGCCGUCUCGGGUGCCCUGGGCAGGCUGCAGACUCAGCUGGCCCCGGAGGAGGAGACCCAGAUUCGGCUGCUGCCCACGACCCCCGGAGAGGAGCCCCCAGGGGCCGAGGGCUCCCCGGCGCCCCGGACGGCGCUCUCCGCGCGGCGCUUCGCGGUGCUCCUGAUCUUCAGCCUGUACUCGAUGGUCAACGCCUUUCAGUGGAUCCAGUACAGCAUCAUCAGCAACGUCUUCGAGGGCUUCUACGGCGUCUCCUCGCUGCACAUCAACUGGCUGUCCAUGGUGUACAUGCUGGCGUACGUGCCCCUCAUCUUCCCAGCCACCUGGCUGCUGGACACCAAGGGCCUGCGCCUCACCGCCCUGCUGGGCUCCGGCCUCAACUGCCUGGGCGCCUGGGUCAAGUGCGGCAGCGUGCAGCAGCACCUGUUCUGGGUCACCAUGCUGGGCCAGGCCCUGUGCUCCGUGGCCCAGGUGUUCAUCCUGGGCUUGCCCUCCCGCAUCGCCUCGGUGUGGUUUGGGCCCAAAGAGGUGUCCACAGCUUGUUCCACCGCCGUGCUCGGCAAUCAGCUUGGAACUGCAGUUGGCUUUUUGCUACCACCAGUGCUGGUGCCCAACACUGUGAACAACACAGAUCUUUUGGCUUAUAACAUCAGUACCAUGUUUUAUGGAACAUCAGCCGUCGCCACACUUUUAUUUAUUUUAACAAUAAUUGCAUUCAAAGAAAAACCUCGCUACCCACCAAGUCGGGCUCAAGCAGCCAUUCAAGACAGUCCCCCUACAGAAUACUCCUAUAAGAACUCAAUAAUGAACCUGUUUAAAAACAUGCCUUUUGUCCUUCUAUUGAUCACAUAUGGUAUCAUGACUGGAGCAUUUUAUUCAGUCUCAACAUUAUUAAAUCAAAUGAUACUGACGUAUUAUAAGGGAGAAGAGGAGAAUGCUGGGAGGAUUGGGCUAACACUGGUGAUCGCUGGAAUGGUGGGCUCCAUUCUCUGUGGCUUAUGGCUGGAUUAUACCAAAACAUACAAACAGACUACUCUGGUAGUUUACAUUUUGUCUUUUUUGGGAAUGGUUAUAUUUACUUUCACACUGGACCUUCAAUACAUUAUCAUCGUGUUUGCUACUGGAGGGGUGCUUGGUUUCUUCAUGACUGGUUACCUCCCCUUGGGCUUUGAGUUUGCUGUGGAAAUCACGUACCCUGAAUCUGAAGGUACUUCAUCCGGUCUUCUCAAUGCUGCUGCACAGAUUUUUGGAAUUCUGUUCACGCUGGCUCAAGGACAGCUCACAUCAGACUAUGAUCCGAGGGCAGGAAACAUAUUCCUCUGCGCUUGGAUGUUUGUAGGCAUCAUUUUCACAGCAUUAAUCAAGUCUGAUCUGAGGAGACACAACAUAAAUACAGGAAUUACAAACGGCGAUAUUAAAGCUGUGCCAGUUGAUAGUCCCACAGAUGAAGAAUCAAAAACUGUUAUGACGUCCAAGCAGUCAGAACCAGAAAUUUGAGCUGAAAAGAAAAGUUAGUAUCCUGUGAUAUUUGAGCUGUAAGGCUUGGUUCAUAGGUUAUGAGGCAUGGACACUUACUUGAAAAUUACUGUAUGGCUCCCUACAUGCAGUUACUGUUUUGCUUAAUUAACUGAAGCAAUAUUUUGCUUACAUCCUUUUAACACUACCAUUAUCUAACGAGUGUCCCAUUUUUAGUCUUCUAUCAUCUAUCUCAAAGGAAGCUUCUUGAUAUUUAUUUUUCAAAAGUCAGUGUUUUUCUUUUUUGUGGAAAGUGGAAGCUUACAUGGCUUUCUAAAAUGAUCGUGUGGAGGUCUAAUCCCUUUAAGUCACAGAAGAGGACGUACAAUUUAUAUGUAAAAAUACCCAAUAGGACCAAGUGUCCUAUUGGCUCCCUUCCCAGCUGUCGAACCCCCUGAGUGUGAGUACAGUGUAGCGACAGGACACUUCAGUCCACCAAAGGGCAGUGCUGGGAUGCUACUUCCAGACAACUGCUACAGUUUCCCGUUUCUUACAUUCUUGUUACAAAGCGCUUUGUAACAGGUACUGGCAUUGGCCAUAAAACCAUUCGGUGUACAGACUGAACCCACCCACGACUUUGGUCUUAUGUUCUAGUUCAGCUCAGGAGCCAGGUACAGGCUCAGCAUCUUGACUUCUCUGCUCUGUCUUCUUAUCAUGGAAGAAAUGGUAACCUAUAUUUUUUCACUCUGGUUUGAAAGAGAGAUGUUUUGUACCCACUGGCUUUUUUACUCGCUUCCCCCCCCCCCCCCCCCCCAAUAUAUACCUUUCUAGUAAGAAAAUUUCAUCAUAUGUGUAACUGGCUUUUCCAUGAUUUCUUGUAUCACAUCGUAUACUUUUGCCUUGAAGAUUCCUAAGAUGAGGAAAUCUGUGCCCAGCCUGGGUGGUCCGAUUUAGUGGAGACCGCUUAAAAUGCUGUCUAGCCCUGGGCUGUGUGGCUCGGUUGGUUGGAGCAUCGUCUUAUGCGCUGAAAGGUGGUGGGUUCAAUUCCCAGUCAGGGCUACUCAGGUUUCAGUUCGAUCCCCAGUUGGGGUGAGUACGGGAAGCAACUGAUCAAUGUUUCUCUCUUUCCCCUUCCUCUCUAAAAUCAAUAAAAAGGGCAUGUCCUCAGUUGAGGAUUUUAAAAAAUGCUAUCUAUGCUAAUUCUCCAGUGACAUUUUUUUAAAAAAAUAUAUAGUCUUUUUACACAGAGGAAGGGAGAGGGAUAGAGAGUUAGAAAUAUCAAUGAGAGAGAACCACUGAUCAGCUGCCUCCCGCAUACCUCCUACUGGGGAUGUGCCUGCAACCAAGGUACAUGCCCUUGACCGGAAUCGAACCUGGGACCUUUCAGUCUGCAGGCUGGCGCUCUAUCCACUGAGCCAAACCAGUUAGGGCUCCAGUGUCAUUUUUAAUUUUUUUUUAAUUUUUAUUGAUUUUAGAGAGGAAGGGAGAGGGAGGGAGAGAGAGAUAGAAACAUCAAUGAUGAGAGCAAUGAUGAGAGAGAAUCAUUGAUCGGCUGCCUCCUUAUUGGAGAUUGAGCCUGAAACUCGGGCAUGUGCCCUUGAUGGGAAUCGAACCCGGGACCCUUCCAUUCACAGGCCAAUGCUGUAGCCAAACAGGUAGGGCUCUCCAGUGUCAUUUUUUAUGACUAUUCCCCUUUGAGAAAUACGGUACCCAGGCAUGUGCUCCCUCGGUUUGUCAAGAGAGUGGGUCUUGUCUUCACCACACUGUACAGUCUCCAUACUGUAGGAACAGUCAGCGCUUUCACACGCUCAGGGGAAGCAGCAUAGGACCAAAGGUGUUUCCACAGUGCCUACCUCUGCGUUUUGUUUACAGUGAGAAUUUAGAUGUUGUUCACAUCCCGACUCUCUAAACUGAUAAGGGAAUAUCCUCUUCAGAGUAAUGACAUUUAACAACCGUGAUAUUUAUAUUUGUCCACACAAACAAGAAAAGCCAACCCGCUGUACCCUUGAUACCCUUGAAGUGAAUUAGCAGCUCUGAUCUGAGCAUCACAUAUGCAUCGCUUUAUCCUGGAACGAUAACAUCGUCUGUAAUCAACCGAUUAUGUAGAAUCUUACCCAGAGGCUGUGUCACCAGAACAACUCGGCCGGGAGCCAGGAACUCCAGGUCCUGGAUCUGUGUCUAGCCGUCUCUUCAUCCAUAUAAUGAAUGUAUUCAAUUUGAUCUCAAAGAUCUUUUAAAAAGUCAUCAUGAGGUGGACCAAAUCAUGGUGCCACAGGAACUUAACUAAAAUAUAGCUGAGACAUUCCCUGGGCAAUUGGAUAAACACUAUGUUUGUUACUUUGUGGAUACGGGGAUUUGAAAUCUGUCUUUUUAGCCUUUUUAUUCAGUUGGUGAGAGCUCUGGCAGAAUAUGCUGACUCAUUAACUUCCUUAGCUAUUUACAUCAAGAUUUUAUGGCCCCAAAUUUAUUCUAAGGUCCCUCCUCUGAGUGAUUGUUGUUGUUUUUUUGUUUGUUUGUUUUUUAAAUAUAUUUUUAUUGAUUUCAGAGAGGAAGGGAGAGGGAGAGAGAGGGAUAGAAACAUCAAUGAUGAGAGAGAAUCAUUGAUCGACUGCCUCCUGCACGACCCCAAUGGGGACUCAGCCUGCAAUUGGGGCACAUUCCUUGAUCGGAAUCAAACCCAGGACCCUUCAGUCCACAGGCUGAUGCUCUAUCCACUGAGCCAAACUAGCUAGCGCGAUUGUUUUUUAUUUUUAAACUAUCAGUGUUAUUUGAAAUAAUCAUGUACUUGUUGAGUUCCUGAAAUUACAAAUAAAAAUUGGAAUACUUUAUUUCUGAAAAGCAUAUACUAGUACAUGUCAUAUCUAUUUUUCCUUGUUGAUUAAUAAAAAAAUGAAAUAUAUGAGAAAAUACAAAAUGAAUUGAUAAUUUUUCUGUCAAAGUUAUCUGUAACAUGUCAAACAAGAAUAUCAUAUAAUUCUGUAUCAUACCUGGGAAAUGGAGUUGGGUAACCAACAUGUGUGUAAAUUUUUAAUCAAAUGAUUUGAGAGAAAAACCAGAUGCUUUCCAUAGCUGUUGCAUUUAUAACUGUCGCAGAUACAGCUUUUGCCCUCUGUGAAUGUGGGAAAAUGUCUUUAAAACUCUGUUUAUGUGUAAACUCAGAGUAUUUUUGGGAGAAUCCCUGUCUGUCUUAAGUCAUUUUUCAUGUUCUGAUUACUCGCUCUUUGUAAUACUUGUCUGUAUGCUUGUUCUUCAGUAUGUCAGACUGGAAAUAAAUUUAUUUUUUUAAUGUUAA